AUGACCGGAAAAGGCGUUGUGAGAAGCAUCAAAAACUACGCCAAAGGCUUCUCUGAUGUGCAGCGAAAAGUACGUGAAGCAACAUCGAACGAUCCCUGGGGUCCCAGCGGUACCUUGAUGAACGAGAUUGCCCAAUUGACUUAUAACCAGCACGACUUUAUUGAGAUCAUGGAUAUGAUUGAUAAACGGCUGAAUGACAAGGGUAAAAACUGGCGACACGUCUUCAAGGCACUACUCUUGCUGGACUACUGUAUACACGUGGGAUCGGAGAAUGUCGUUCUUUACGCCAAGGAAAACAUCUAUGUUAUCAAGACAUUGAAGGAAUUCCAACAUGUCGAUGACAAUGGCCGAGACGUUGGUGCUAAUGUCCGACAGAAAGCCAAAGAUAUCACCAGCCUCUUGCUUGAUGAUGCUCGAUUGAAGGAUGAACGUCGCCAAAGACAACAAAUGAGAGAACGCAUGGCAGGUGUCAACGAUUACAUGAACGAUGCAAUGGGUAUCAGAAAUCCUGAUAUGGCUGGAGGACGUCCUUCCUAUGGUCAAAACAAUGAGGAUCGUGAACUUCAAAGAGCACUUGAAGAGAGCAAACGUAUGGCAGAUGAUGAAGAAAGAAAGCGACUUGGACGUCAAGAGGAUGAGGAUCUUCAAAAAGCAAUUCGCCUUAGUGAACAAGAAGCUCAGGAUAAGGAACGCAAGCAACGAGAAAAGCUUGAACGUGAGAACCAAGAAAAGUUAUUCGGCAGCAACAACCAAAGCUCCAGCUUCAACCCAUUCCCUGCUAAUCAAUCUUUCGAUUCAUCACUCAAUCCUUAUCAACAACAACAACAACAAUGGCCCCAGAAUACUGGCAUGACCAAUAUGACAUUCUCUGAUCCCAUCUCUGCCAACAAUCAGCAGUUGGGUUUCCAAAACACUGGAAUGACUAGCAACCCAUACCAGCAACAACAACAAAGCAAUCCUUAUCAACAAUUCCCUGGAUUUGGACAAAAUCUUCAAGCACAAAUGACGGGUAUGCCACAACAAAUGACAGGAAUGGCACCUUUCCAGACGAGCACGAUGACUGGAUUCCAACAACCACAAAUGACUGGAUUUCAACAACCACAAAUGACAGGUUUUCAACAAUCUCAAAUGACUGGUUUCCCUCAACAACAGCAACAACCCUCCAUGUCAACUGUAUCAAGCAGCCCUAUGGCUAGCUUCCAGCAACCACAAAUCACAGCAGCCUCGAAUAAUCCUUUUGGCCCUCUCAACAACCAACAACAACAACCUCAAUCGACUGGCAUGUUUGGUCAAUCACUCACCGCAUCGCCUUCUCUUGCCUCCUCCUCACUUGCUCCACGUUCUCCCUCGAUGUCAGUUGCUAACACCACUACUACCACCACCAAUUCUUCCUCUGCUGCUGGUCAGUCUCGAUCAUUUACUUUCCCAUCGCCAUCUAUGCAACAUACUGGCACACAGGGAUCCUCCAGCCCCGCUGCUGACAGCCGCUAUGCCAAGCUCAAUUCCCUCCUUGCAAACAAAGAGGAUGGUAUGGACACAUUUGGUAACACGGGCAACUUACGUGUCCCAGUUGGCAGUGGAUUUGCAAGUUCGCUCAAUCCUCAAUUGACGGGUGCACCCAACGGCAAUGGCACAUCAAGCGUGCCUAGUCUUGUCAAUGUUGGUACCGCUGACACUGGUGCCCAAUCCAAUUCCUUUAGCGAUUCCUUUGGCCAGCCAAGCCGUAACCCUUUUGGACAAGCAACCAGCAGCCCCUGGAAGUAA